UAAGCUCAACCCCCUCAGCAUUAUUCAAUAUGGCGGAGAAAGAAGUAACCCCCCUCACGGCCGUCAAGGUCGAGGCCCUGGUUGUGAUGAAAAUCAUCAAGCACUGCUCCCAGGUUUUCCCGACGACUGCGACCGGUUCGAUCGUUGGCAUGGACGUGGACGGCGUUCUCGAAAUCACAAACACCUUCCCCUUCCCUGUGGUCGAAGUUCCUCCGGAGUCGCACUUUGACAAUGCCGCUCCCAACCCGGCCGCCGCUGCUCCCCGUGCGAAGGCCAACACCGUCUACCAGGCUGAGAUGAUUCGUAUGCUCCGGGAAGUUAACGUCGAUGCCAACAAUGUCGGUUGGUACACGAGCGCCAACAUGGGCAACUUCGUCAACAUGAACGUCAUCGAGAACCAGUUUUUCUACCAGAAGGAAAUGAACGAGAGGACAGUUGCGCUUGUCCACGACCCCAGCCGCAGCGCUCAGGGGAGCCUGAGCCUGCGCGCGUUCCGUCUUUCCCCCAAGUUCAUGGCCGCCUUCAAGGACAACAAAUUCACUUCUGACGAGCUGCAAAAGUCCAACCUAAAGUACCAGGACAUCUUGGUCGAACUCCCCGUCGAAAUCCACAACUCCCACCUGAUCACCUCCUUCAUCCACCAGCUCCAAAACCAGACCCAGGCGACCCCUGCUGAGAUUCCCACCUCUCUCGCCACCCUGGAGUCCUCUCCCUUCGCCAAGCAGACCAUCCUGGCGCCUAACUUCGACAACCUCUCCCUCAGCAUCGACCCCUUCCUGGAGAAGAACUGCGAUCUCCUCCUUGACAGCAUUGAGACCCACCACACGGAGACGAGCAACUUCCAGUACUACCAGCGCUCUCUCGCUCGAGAGCAGGCCAAGAUCACAGCCUGGCAGGCCAAACGCAAGGCCGAGAACGCUACACGCGCAACGCUUAAGCAGCCCCCUCUUCCGGAGGACGAGUGGCAACGGCUGUUCAAGCUGCCACAGGAGCCCAGCCGCCUUGACAGCAUGCUCAAUAGCCGCCAGGUGGAGCAGUACGCGCGCCAAAUCGACAGCUUCGUCUCAUCCACGACGGGUAAGAUGUUUGCCGUCAAGGGCAACCUUCUGCCCAGCGAGAUCGCCAAAUGAUUUACUGGAUGUUUAUGAACGGGGAUCUGGGAUUCAUGCAUGACCUUACGGCGUAAGGGAGGGAAAAUUCUUGUACUGACUGUUAAUAUGUCCCUUGUGAUUAUUCCGUGACGGGUAGAGCUACGGAAUAUGCUAGAGAUGCUAUCUACAUGACUU